AGAGGAGAGGGCAUGCUCUGCUCCUCGGGAUCACUGGAUGCCUGCGUAUUCCCACUACUUGAUGGCGGGACUCAGGUUUCCACUUCCUGAGUUGUUGAUAGCUUUGUUGUUAGAUUACAACAUAGGGUUGACACAGUUAGUUCCCAACGCAAUGAGGGGUAGUAGCAAGAGGGAUAAGGGGUGGUAUUAUUUCACCCCAAGGGUAGCUAAUAAGGAGGAUAGGAUUUUGUUUACAGCAGGUCCUUCAUCCAUUAAGGGAUGGAAGGAAAAAUUCUUUUUUGUAGAUGACACUGAGUGGGGGAAAGGGGAUGCCGAGGUGAAGGCGUUAGCUUCCUGGAAGGCCAAAAGGGCCAACCAGAAUAAAUUUAGUUUGAAUGAGGAUGAGGAGGAAGAGGUGGGGAGGUUAGUGAGGAAGAGGGGGGAAGAACUGAACAUCUUGGACCUCACUAGCGCAGCAUACAUAGAGGCUGCUGAACUCUAUGGGCCCAGUGCUCUGAGUGAAGCGGACAUGAAUCAAUUUCUGGGCGCGGCUGGAGGAAAGGCGAUCCCCAAGAAGCCAAGAAAUAAGUCAAGGACUUCAAGCAAACAAGUGGAUGAGGGGAUAACUGGGAAGGUGGUGGUGCCCACUGCUUCAAUUGAGACGGGGGAGGAGGUGGCACCACUGAAGAGAAAGGGUUGGGAGGAGAGGAGAACAUUGGAGAAGAAGAAGAAGGUGGUGGAGGAGGUGGAGAGGAACGAGGUGCCUGAGUUUGUACCUCAGCCUCCUCCUGUUGAGCUGAAUCCAGAGCUCAGACGGUUGGAGGAGGGGGCUGAGGUACGAGCUCCUGGCAGGGGAAAGGGGCCUCUUCCUCCACUGGGGCCUCAGAGCAACUUGUUUGGAGCAAAUAACAUGACGAGGGCUAGGUGGUUCAUCAACAACACCUUCCCCGAAGUGGACUUAAAGAACGCGCGGGAAGAAGCUCUGAGGUAUGGGGGAGCAUCUGUUGUGAAGCAUGCGCUUGAGAACGCGAGCUGGGUGAAUGGUCUAGCCCAGGAGUUCAGAGAGAGCACAAAGGAGCGCGUACGCUUGCAGAGGCAGUGUGACCAGCUGCAAAAGGAGAAGGAAGAGCUGGAGAAAAAGAAUAAGGAGCUGCAAGCGUCGCUGGAUGAGGUGGUUCCAACUCUGAAGCAGUUGGAACAGGACAGGGCUUCCCUGGGCACCAAGCUCGGCUUUGAAGAGACCAAGCGAAAGAUCUCUGAAAGCGAGCGUGAGGCUCUGGCGCAAGAGUUAAAGCUGACCAAGGAGGCUUUCUCAGAGCUGAAGGGGAAUGUGCAGACCCUGGUGCAUAAUGGGAUGAAGGAGCACAUCAGCAACUUCAUCAGCUCGAGCUCGUUUGACAACAUCGUCAACCUCUACCGAUUGCCAACUGCCAUCAUCGCCUUCACGGACUGCAGAGAAAAGGUGAAGACUGUCUAUCCCGAAGUGGAUGUGACAAGGAUAACUUUUGGAGAGCAAGAAGCUGGAGUGGAGGAAGAUGGUGAAAGCAUGUCAGCAGACUUCCGCCCAGAAAUCAAACUGAAGUGGGAUCAUGAUGCUGAUGGGCGCACUGUUUUCCCUCCGAACUUCGACUUCGAGUUCGUGGCAGUGGAAGAAGAAGGGGCAGAGGCAGAGGAAGAUGAGGUGGAGGCAGGAGUGGAAGGAGUUGGAACCCUGGUGCUGAGGUCCACAAACAUUUCAGGGAAAAUACCGGGCUCCAUUGGGAACCUUAAGGGGUUGUCAAGAAUGGACCUUUCAGACUGCAAUUUCAAAGGGUCACUUCCAAACUCGAUAGGAAGCCUUACAAAUCUGGUUGUUUUGGAAUUGUCUUGGAAUCUGUUUUCUGGGUCCAUUCCAUCAUCUUUUAGUAUGUUGAAGAAUUUGACUGAUUUGAAUCUCUCUGAUAAUAAUUUGUCAGGUCAGAUAAGUUCCAUCCAUUGGGAAAACCUUUCAUAUCUUGUGAAUCUUGAGUUCCGCAACAAUUUACUAGAGGGAAUUAUCCCCUCCCCUCUGUUUUCCCUUCCAUCUUUGCAGAUAAUAUAUCUCUCAAACAAUCAAUUCUCUGGUCAAAUUGGUGACUUUCCGGUUGUGUCUUCUUCUCAGCUGGCCAUACUUGAUUUGAGCAGUAACAGGUUAGAAGGUCCAAUGCCCAGUUCUUUUUUCAAGCAUCAAAGUCUUCAGAUGCUCAUUCUUUCUUACAACAACUUUAGUGGCACUUUAGAACUAAGCAUCAUCCAGAAACUUGGAAAUCUUACCUGGCUCGAUCUCUCUUAUAAUGAGUUGAUGGUGGAUGAUGGCUUUUUUGGUAAUAUUGAUUUGACCACAUUCCCUCAAUUAGAAGUGUUACAGCUGAUGUCCUGCAAGCUAAGGAAAUUUCCAAUUUUCUUGAGAAACCAAUCAGAUUGGUUGACAUUAGACUUUGCUGACAAUCAAAUUCAGGGUGAAAUACCCAACUGGAUUUGUAACCACAGAUUGUACUAUCUCAAUUUGUCGCAUAAUUUGUUGACAAAAAUCGAAGGAUCUUUUAGCAACAACAAUAUUGUGGAAUACUUGGAUCUCCAUUCCAACCAGUUACGAGGGGAUAUCUCUAAUAUGCCCCAAGCAGCUUAUUUCAUAGAUUACUCAGAGAAUCAGAUCAACUCCGUUAUUCCUGUUGAUAUCGGUAGUUUUCUGCGUCAGACUUCUAUUUUCUUAGCUUCGGGCAAUUAUCUUCAUGGAAUCAUCUCGGAGUCGAUAUGCAAUAUGGAUUCUCUUGAAGUCCUUGAUUUGUCUCGUAAUUCUUUGAGCGGCACUGUGCCCUGGUGUUUGAUUAAUAUGACUCAAAGUGGCUCCUUUAGUGUAUUGAAUCUAAGGAGAAACAGCUUGACUGGCACAAUUCCUGAUGCAUUUUCAGGUAACUGUGGACUACAAACUCUGAAUCUCAAUGAGAAUUCCCUACAAGGAGAGAUUCCUAAGUCGCAGGCCAAUUGUAAAAUGCUUGAAGUUUUAGAUAUUGGAAACAAUGGGAUAAAUGAUAGCUUCCCAUGUUGGUUAAGUACCAUAUCCACUCUCCAGGUUCUUGUUUUGAGAUCCAACAAAUUCUAUGGGUCCAUUGAAUGUCCAAUGAGCAAUGAAACCUUGCCUCUACUUCAGAUUGUUGAUCUAGCUUCCAACAAGUUCGGUGGAAAGUUGCCAAAAAAAUUCUUUGAAACAUGGGCAGGAAUGUUGGAUGUGGUGAAAGUCAUCAACAAAGGUGUACAGAUGGAGUUGGUGAAGAUCCUAACAAUAUUCAUCUCCAUUGAUUUUUCAUGCAACAACUUUGAAGGGAAGAUACCUGAAGUGAUAGGAGAAUUCAAGGCACUGAUUGUCCUUAAUUUGUCACAUAAUUCUCUUACCGGUCCAAUCCCUUCAUCUCUAGGAAACUUGCAUAAUCUCGAGUCCUUGGACCUUUCUAGUAACAACUUGAGAGGCAAUAUUCCUCAACAGCUGGGAGGCCUAAAUUUCCUUGCAGUCCUUAAUCUCUCACACAAUCAACUGGAAGGAAGAAUCCCAAAAGGAAAUCAGCUUCAAACAUUUUCAGAAGAUUCCUUCAAAGAUAACAAGGGAUUGUGCGGGGCUCCUCUGAUGGAUUGCGGAGCUAAUAUGCAGCCACCGCCUGAAGGCAAAAAUUCAAAUGAUGGAACCAAGAUUGAUUGGAAUCUCAUUAGUGCUGAAGUGGGAUUUGUUUUUGGCUUAGCCAUUGUCAUUUUACCACUUAUGUUUUGCUAGAGAUGGAGGAUAUGGUAUUACAAACGUGUUGACAGUGUUCUUUGCAGGAUUUUUCCUCAGCUAAACCAAAGAACAGAAACAAUGUGCGUAGAGCUCCUCAAGACACACAGGAGGAGGGACUAGCAGAGUGGUGAUGAAAAGGGAGCAUACUGCGUCCUGAUAUAGUUGUUCCAGAAAUAAGAGAUGCCUAGAUCCAAUGUUCUUGUUUAGUAAGCCUUUCAAACAACCUAUCAGGUAUCAUACUGGGAGGUGAAGCUACAUUUGUAUGCAUGAGGAAUUGCUCCUGUUAUGGACAUCUAACAAACACCAUUACAAUUACAGAGAAGCUACAUUUUCUUCUCCAGUCUGUGUCUUUCUUUGUUUCUAUGUGACUGGAUCAAAGGUUUCACUAGCGGUGUCCGACAGCAAUUUGUUUAGCGGAGGGAAAAAGCUUGCCGUCCUAGGAAAUCAAACGUGAGCCUGACAGGUGAAAGUAACACUAAAAUCUUUACUGAGCAUUCAGUCUCUGUUUCAUUAUCAUGGAGGUUGUUAUUUCUAUGAUACAGGUUGAAUUUAAUUUCG